AUAUUCCCCGACAUGUUCGAAGACUAUCAUGAUGUACGUCCCCUGCGAGGCGCGGCCGAAGAUUGGCCCAUGUUGUACGACAAAGAGGCUCUGAAAAAGAACCAAGUAAAAGUAAACGCUGCAACGUAUGUCGAUUUCGGUCUUGUGCAACAGGCAGCGUCGGUCAUCGGCAACAGUUUCCAUGACGGUAUAAGCAAGAACAUGGAAAGCAUUUUAACGACCCUUUUUGAGCUGUCCAAACGGGAGCGCGAUUACAACAAAUUUUCUGAAGCAGCGAGUAGCCUGCGAUGUGGCAUUUUGGGAUCGAGAUAGUAUAGAGAUGAUCUUUGCUACAGGAUUGAUGGUAUCCACAGCCAUUGCAUAAAAGCUUUAUUUACUCGUACUGAACGGUAGUUCAGGAAUCUGUGUCAGAAAUCAAUGGAAGUCUUCAAAAU